UCCCACUCUCACUCACUCAUUUAGCACAGAGUCUGGAGCACGGCGGAAUGGACAGCGUGUUCACAACAAAGAAAGGAACUUCGAAUUUCUUCUUAUUCUAAGCAACACUGCACACCUCGCAAGCACCCUCUUUUUGUAACUGGUGAACGCGAGAAAGCUCGCGUGGAUCCCGGCUUCCAGGCUGGACGGGACGGCGAGGACGCCCACGCCUACGCCAACUUCCCACGGCGGCACACAUGCUCACACGCCCACGGACACCCUGGAGCGUACCAUGCUGGUCCAGGGAGCAGUGACGCCCGGGAGGACCCGCCGGCUGAUGCUCAAACUGCCGGUCGGGACUCUUCGCAGGAACAGUGGUGAACGGAUGACGGAGGGGAGGCGAUGUCAGGUCCACCUCCUGGAUGACAGGAAGCUAGAGCUCCUUGUGCAGCCCAAGUUAAUGGCUAAGGACCUCCUGGACCUGGUGGCCUCUCACUUCAAUCUCAAGGAGAAGGAGUACUUUGGAAUUGCUUACACAGACGAAACGGGCCACUUUAGUUGGCUGCAGCUGGACCGCAGGGUAUUAGAACAUGAAUUCCCCAAGAAAUCUGGGCCCAUUGUUCUCUACUUCUGUGUCAGGUUCUACAUAGAGAGUAUAUCAUACUUGAAAGAUAAUGCCACCAUUGAGCUGUUUUUUCUCAAUGCCAAGUCCAUCAUCUACAAGGAGCUCAUUGAAGUGGACAGCGAUGUCGUCUUUGAACUGGCUUCCUAUAUUCUUCAAGAGGCCAAAAGUGAUUUCACCAGUAAUGAGGCAACCAGGUCUGACCUAAAGAAGCUCCCUGCUCUGCCCACCCAGGCCCUAAAAGAGCACCCGUCCCUGGCCUACUGUGAGGAGCGGGUCAUCGAGCACUACAAGAAGCUCAACGGGCAGUCCAGAGGACAAGCUAUUGUAAACUACAUGAGCAUUGUGGAGUCCCUACCCACAUAUGGAGUACAUUACUACGCCGUAAAGGAUAAGCAGGGGAUCCCAUGGUGGCUGGGACUGAGCUAUAAAGGCAUAUUUCAGUAUGAUCAUCAGGACAAAGUCAAGCCCAGAAAGGUGUUCCAAUGGCGUCAGUUGGAGAAUCUCUACUUCAGAGAGAAGAAGUUCUCAGUGGAAGUUCAUGACCCCAGGAGUAGGGCGUCGGUGACGCGCAGAACGUUUGGCCACAGUGGCAUCGCAGUGCACACCUGGUAUGCCUGUCCGGCCCUCAUCAAGUCCAUCUGGGCCAUGGCCAUAAGCCAACACCAGUUCUAUCUAGACCGCAAGCAGAGCAAGUCUAAGAUCCACGCUGCACGCAGUCUGAGCGAGAUUGCCAUCGACCUCACUGAAACGGGAACGCUGAAAAUCUCCAAACUGGCCAACAUGGGCAGCAAAGGCAAGAUUAUCAGUGGGAGCAGUGGCAGUCUGCUCUCAUCAGGCUCUCAGGAAUCAGACAGCUCCCAAACUGCCAAGAAGGACAUGUUGGCUGCGCUGAGGGCCCGCCAGGAAGCUCUGGAGGAAACGCUGAGGCAGAGGCUUGAGGAGCUCAAGAACAUCUGUAUCAGAGAGGCUGAGCUGACAGGAAAACUUCCCAAGGAAUACCCUCUCGACCCAGGCGAGGAAGCGCCCACAGUGAGGCGAAAGAUUGGUACUGCCUUCAAACUGGAUGAGCAGAAGAUUCUUCCGAAGGGAGAGGAAGAAGAACUGGAGCGGCUGGAGCGGGAGUUCGCCAUUCAGUCGCAGAUUACCGAGGCCGCCCGGCGCCUGGCCAGUGACCCACACGUGAGCAGCAAGAAGCUGAAGAAGCAGAGGAAGACAUCUUAUCUCAACGCGCUUAAGAAGCUACAAGAGAUCGAGAAUUCCAUCAAUGAAUAUCGGAUUCGCUCUGGCAAGAAACCUACGCAGAGGGCGUCGCUUAUAAUUGAAGAGGCCAACCUGGGCUCUGAAGACAGCUCGUUGUCUGAUGCUCUGGUCCUGGACGAUGAAGACUCCCAACUGACCGGGACCCCCAACUUCUCACCAAUGGCGUCACCCCACAAAGGUCUCCCCCCGCGCCCGCCAUCUCACAGUCGUCCCCCGCCCCCGCAGUCCCUAGACGGGUUGCGGCACCUGCACUUCGGCCGCGCCGACUACGACAAAUCGCCCAUCAAGCCCAAAAUGUGGAGCGAGUCAUCGCUUGAUGAGCCGUAUGAAAAAGUCAAGAAGCGCUCGUCUCACUCGAGUCACAGAAGAUUCCCGAGCUCUGGCAGCACAGAAGCAGGAGGUAGCAACUCUCUGCAAAGCAGCCCCAUCAGGAGCCUCCCUCAGUGGAACUCUCAGUCCAGCAUGCCGUCCACACCGGACCUGAGGAACCGUACGCCACACUAUGUGCAUUCCACCAGGUCAGUGGACAUCAGUCCCACACGUCUGCACAGUCUCGCUCAGCACUUUAGGAACCGCAGCUCCAGUCUGGAAUCCCAGGGAAAGCUCCUGAUAUCGGACCCAGAUACGCACCCGCACGCCCUGGGCACGCUGGGAAGCCCGGACUUUUUCCUGGGCCCAACACGCAGUUCCAAUGGCGCCGACCCGCUGGACGACUGUUCCUCCUGCACCAGCCAGAGCAGCUCCGAGCACUUCUACCCCGCCGGCGGGACCUUGGCGCCCAGUAGCAACCCCAACUACUCAACCCUCGGGGAGGACUCUCCCUCCAAAGCCAGGCAGCGGCAGCGGCACAGGUCCGCUGGUCACCUGGGGUCGUCCAACUCUGGCUCAAUGCCAAACCUGGCAGCUAAGAACGGCUCGGUUAGCGGUUCGGGCGGCGGCGGUAUCGGCGGUGGACACCACGGCGUCUACCUCCAUAGCCAGAGCCAGCCGUCCUCCCAGUACCGCAUUAAAGAGUACCCGCUGUACGUGGAGGGCAGCCCCAACCCGGUGGUGGUGCGCAGCCUGGAGAGCGACCAGGAGGGCCACUACAGCGUGAAGGCCCAGUUCAAGACCUCCAGCUCCUACACGGCCGGGGGACUCUACAAGGAGGCCUGGGGAGGGGAGGAGGGCGGCGAGGGCGGCGGGCGACUCACGCCGUCCCGCUCGCAAAUCGUACGGACUCCAUCGCUGGGGCGAGAGGGGAGCAGCGGAGGAAGUGGGAGGGCGGCUGUUUCGGAAGAGCUGCGCUGCUGGUACCAGAGGUCGUCCGGGAGCCUGAAGGAGAGGAGUCACUCCCAUUCGGGGUCCACCUCAUCUGAAACAGGGUCACAGCAAGGCACGCUAGGACACGGGCGGGGCAGCAGGGUGGGAACCCUCGCCAAAGGCUCACCAGUCGCGUCCCCACACAGCCAGAGGAGUAUGACGCCCUCCAGCGAGCAUGCAGCCACGCCCCCCUGCAGUCCGCAGCACAUUCUGAACUGGCAGAGCGGAGGCACAGCUGACAGCUCUCCCACUGAGGACCUCUGUCGGUCUCCUCUUCAGCCCAGCUCUGGUGUCUAGAGGUCGUUCACUGACAGCUGCUUCCUGGGCGGCCCAUCCUGUUCCGAGCUGGCGGAUGUGCAGUGGUACCGACGCGACAAGGCCAAACCUGGAACUCUGGUGUGAGACCUUCCCGAAAAGGCCUCCUCCCCCUUUUCACCGCAUCCCUACUCACAACAGCUGUACGUGGCCCUCCCUCCAUGCCACCGCAACCCCCUCUCCACUCGGGACGUGAGCUACGGGGCCCAGUGGAUGUCAAAAAGAGCCCAGUCUUGUGUGUUUCAAGUUGUUCCCCCUGACCCAGAGGAUUCCUGCUGGUUUUGAGCCACCAGUCCUAAAAACCCAUACAAGUGUGUUGGGUUUCAGUAUUUCCAUUCAUCUUUUAUUUUUCCCUCGCAUAUUUAUUAUCAAACAUGGAGAAGAUGACUUUUCUUAAGAAGAAGGAAAAAAAAAAAAAACAAUCUGGCAAAGAUUUAUGACAAAAAUUCCCGUACCAGGUUUUAACCCACAGGCUGGAUGGACUGGUCACCGGUCAUCGAGGAUAGAACGCAAUCUGGACUUCAGCAAUAACAAACAGUGUUGGAUUUGUUCUCAGAAGAGAGACUGGCGACUGUGUCAUGUGCAGGGGAUUUGCAAAUUUGAUGCUUUUGCUUUCCGUUCUGAGCUCACGCUCAUCAUUUCCUAUCAGUCGCUCUGAUGGUUGCAAAAUUAAGAGAAUUUUCAUGGUUGCAAAAUUUCCAUGGGAAUUAACAGGAAUAAACCAGAAAGUUACAACAUUGAAAAUUGGCUCCUGUACUAAAAUUUUAUUUUGCAUCAUUUUGACUAAAACAACCGUUUUGAACUGUCACACAAUGAAAUUGGAAAAUGUCUUUAUUCUUUUGCAUUGUGCUGCAGGCCAAAAUAAUUGCAAUUACGAAUGAAUGAAUUGUCGAUCCGCCGCCACUCAAGUGAAGUAGAAAAAAAGUGGAGCAACACAGUACUGUAAACUGUGACGCAAGUGGGCAAGGACAGUCACCUAAGGUAUUUUGGAUGGAUGUCUGCUUGUGGUAAAACUAAAACGUUUCAAUUUCUGCAUUAAUGUCAUAGCUAUUCUAUUAAAGUCAACAAUUGCAAGUUAAUUCCCAUGGAAAUUCACCGGAAAUAUUCCAGAUAUUUACCAUGAAUGAGACCCUCGUCACUUGGAUGUAGUCCCGCCUGGACACUCUUCAGUUUGGGAUCUUUGCAGAGCAAGGCAGCUCUUUCUAAUUGGCACAUGGCAUGUGAACAAAAGUAUUGGGACAUACGGCCAUUGCAAAUACAGGACGUAGUAGUUUCUCCACAUCAUCUAUUUGAACGACUACUUAACUGGCAAAAAGUUUGACUUUGUUCAUUUUUUUUCUUACUCAAUAUUUAAAUUUUUUCUUGGAAAAAUAUCAUUUAAUUUUCAUGAGUUUAUAAUUUAAUCUCUUGCAAUACAACUCUAAUCUUGUAAUAUCAAAAAAAAAUAAUCUUGAAAUAAGAUCAAUAUUUUUAUAUUAAAAAUAUUACUGCAAUGUUGCAUUGCGACAUUUAAUCUCAGAAUAUUAUGUCAAAAAAACUAUUCGUGUUGUGCUAUAAUUUUCUCUAGACAAAGUAUAAAUUGAUUUGGAAAUAUUAACUUUUCUUGAAAAAAUAUAAUUUAAUUUACAUGAAACUAAUUUUUUUUGUGAAAUAAAUACAAGAUUAAUCUCAUAGUGUUAUGGAUUAUUCAUGACAAGAUUUAACUUAAUCUUCAUGAAUUUAAAAACAGUCUGUGGAUUUUUUCUUCUCUGGAGAGGAAAAAAAGCAACAAUUAAAAGAUUCACUAUAACCAUUUUAUUCUGUUGGAAUAGUCACAUGUCCGUCACUCGGUCCUUUGUGGGAAUCCAAUGAGAAUGACUGCAAAAUCAUCUAUUUGAACCACCACUCAGUAAAUGACUACUACUUACUAAACUAAUGGCCUUCAACCUAUCCGAGGUGUGUCCCAAGACUUGUGUCCAUAUAGUGCCUGUACACACAUGCACACACACAAACAGUGAGGGUCAGAACACUUGAAUUCAUGGGUGCUACAAUGCUUAGGUUUUUGGGGGUGCCAACCAUAAUGUGGUCACUGGUGGCCUUGAAAAAUAGCAGGCACACAGAUGAGCUAAAGUUCAGAAAUGUCACCUCCACUCACAGACAUGUCAUCAGGACUAAAGAAAAGCCAUAAAGCCAGGUACACACACAAAAUGUUAACAUAAUUACUCAUUUUUAAAAUGUGAGGGAGCUGGCGCACACCAUGUGUUGCAGUACCAACGCUCACCUGUGAGAGGCAGCAUGGAAAUACAAAAGAACAAAUUGUAAACUUAGCAGGUAACUCAUAGGUAACUGCAGACUUCCAUUCAUUACCGUCAGAAAGGUCUUUUCUAGCAUUGAUUGGAAGUGGGGUAAAUGCUCAUAUUUGGUCCGGCUGUCAGUAUGUGUGCGGUACACCCAUUUACCAACGAACGUUUUUAAUAUUUACAAUAGUUGGCCUUGAUUGUUUUCUGGUCUGAUCAGGGAAGAAAAAAUCACUCUUAACAUACUUCUCAUGACGGGAUAACCCUCAGGAUCGACUUUUAAGCACAUCCGAUGACUUUUUCCUGAAACUACUCUAAUGCAGUUGAAAUGCUCAAAUUUGGUCCGAUUGACAGCUUGUAUGUACCCCUCUGGGCUCACCAACACAGGUUAUCCCUCAGGAUAAUCUUUCAGAAAUAACUGACAAUAUUUGGACCUUUGUUGACUUUGAUCAGAAAGGUGUGCAAUGGAGGAAAAAUACUCAAAUUAGGUCUAAUUGUUGGGAUGUGCGUACCCUGCUUAUCCCACAUCACACAACGAGAUAAUCGGUCAGGAUGAUCAUUGCCAGACUACUGAUAAUCAAGCAAUCGUUUAGAGACACCCGAUAAUUAGGCCUUUGUUGACUUUGAUCGGAAGGGAGUAAAAAUACUCACAUUUGGUUUGAUUGUUUUUACACUCCGUGACCUGACACCACAGGAUAAUUGUUUAGAGGCAUCUUUUAAUAAGGCCUUGACCGACAUUAAUAAUCACAAAGGUUUGGUCAGAUUAUCGGUAUGUGCAUAGUAAAGGAAUUUUCCCGUACGUCACCACAUACAACGGGACAGGGUUAGAAAAGCACAGCUCUCAGGACCGACCGCCAGCUAGCCUCGUGUUACAUUUUGCACAACCGAGCAACCACAUCACUUUUGUUGCGUCAAGUCUCGAUCUGUGCUUAUUUUCCUCACUUUCAAUCUCACGCCAACAUCUACAUGCUACCAUUAGGGUCCCAAAUUCAAAAUAUGUGCAAACGUCGCAUUCCAAUGCACCAUUCUUUGCGCAUGCCACUGAAGAUGAAAGACACCCCCACCCACCCUCAACGUAGUGUCGACUUUAAUGACCCUUGUGGAAACGUCAGAGUCUGGUGUGGUUCAGUGCAGCCUCCUUCUCCUUUUAAUCUUGUGUCAAACCAUGCCAAGACAAUUUCUACUCACUUGUUUUUUUAAUGCUCUUAAAGAGGCUUGACAUUGUUUUCUUAGGAUUUUUAAUAUUCACGCUUUUCAACAAUGUUCCCCUCACUGUUGUUGUUGUUUUUCUAUCCCGGUGCUACACAAGUUGACAUGAUACCAUUGCCCCAUAGAGUCAGUCCAGUACGAGUUGAUUUUAACACAAGCAAAGAAAUAGAGCAUGUAAAUGUUAACAUGAAUACUUUCGAUGUGUUGUAGGAAUACAAGUGUGGAAUUGAUUAUAUAUAUAAAAAAAAAGAACAUUAACAAUGAUGAUAACUGAAUUCCACAGUUAAUUUAUUCUUUUCUAAUACAAAUUUGUAUAGUAACUUUACAUUUUUCAAAAAGCGUGCCGUUGGAAAAGUGGUGGAAAUUUUUUUCAGAGACGCUGUCGCUGGUUCAGGAGAUGAACACGAAUAAAUUAUUGAUGAAUGUU